AUGGUCGAAUGGACAGAUGCUCAAAUCCGUAUACUCAUUGAUGAACGUAGAAAUAGAAAUGAGGAAUAUCAUAAUCUUGGAAGGAAUCGAACCGAAUUUUGGGCUAGCAUUGCAAUCAGAAUUAAUCGAGAUCACAAUACGAGCUUUAAUGGUUCUAAUCAUAGACGACGUGGAAUUGGGGGAAAUAAUACGCCAGCCUCCGGCGGUUCUAUGCGGGAGCUGUAUAGUGGUAGCUUAAAGCUUAUGGAAAUCUUAUCGGAUCCCCACUUAGUCUGUUGCAUACUCAAAGACUUUUCCACGUCUCUCUCUCAUUCUUUUGGAUUUAUAGCCACUGUGUGUUUGCCUUCGGAACUUAUAUUUAUAGCUUCUUUCACCCACAGCCGAAUUACGACGACAGCGAGUUGUAAAUUCUGUUGGUUAACCUCCCCAAGAGAGUUACCGAAUGAGGCGUGGAAUAUGGAACCAUUAAGGUCAUUCCCAAUUGCGAUAUUGGAAUAA